AUGGCCGUGAUCGAGCUGCUGCCUGCCUGCUUUUCAUCCGUUUGGCUGAUUGAAUGGAAGGCACUGGAUGAAUUCGUGAACCUUAUUGAUCCUCACUAUGAAUAUACCUUCCUGGAGAAAGAAAAAUUCCACAUCUCUGUCAUUCAAGCCACCUUUCAUACCAUCCAGAUGACCUCCCAGAAGUGGCUGGAUGGACGAGAAAAUAUUACAGGAUAUGAUAUAAUGGCGUAUACAUGGUGGAGGUUUAUGAAUGACUCUGAUGCACCCCCACACUGGCUUGUGCAAUUUCCGAUGGUCAAGGCUACUGUGAGAGCCAUGGACACUGUCUCAGACUACGUGAUGAAAACAUAUCAUAAAAACAUAACGCAGUUCACCUUGACAGGUAUUUCCAUGAAUGCAUGGAUCACUUGGUUGACUGCAGCAGUUGACAGUAGAGUUGCUGCUAUUAUUCCCAUUGGAAUGGAUUUUCUGAACUUCACCAAGAGUUUCCGCCAUCAACACCGAGCAUAUUGCGGCUGGUCUUACACAUGGAGAUCCUUCUAUGAGAUGAAUAUGACCCAAGAGUUGGACAACCCCCGUUUCAGUGUUCUAGUUUCGCAAGUGGACCCACUGGCAUACAAUGAGCGAUACACAAACAUAUCCAAGUACGUGAUCAUUGCAUCAGGGGAUGAGUUCUCCAUGCCUGACAACUCGCAUUAUUACUUUCACCAGCUAGAAGGCAAGAAGUUUCUCUUGUGA